GACGCCGCAUCUCUUUGUUGGUCUAGCGGCACCUACGCUCAUGUUGUUGUACUCUCUACGGAAAUAUUUUUCUCUUUCGAAAUAUUUAGUCUCUUGUUUCGUAGCGGCCUGCUCAAAUCCUCAUAUCUAGUGUUUGUACCUUACCUUGUCACAAUAUCGAAUUAACCGAGUAAUGGACUCAGACGAGGGGUACAAUUAUGAAUUCGACGAGGAGGAAGAGGAAUGCAGCGAAGACAGCGCUGAAGAGGAUCACGAAGACGACACCCUGGAAGUGGAGUUGGUUGACCCUGUUGUGGCCGUGGGAGAGCGAGAUGAUUGUGGGGAGACCGGGGGCAGUGGCCUAGGUCCUGGUCAAGACGAGGAGGACUAUCGGUUCGAGGUUCUGACUGCUGAACAGAUACUUCAGCAUAUGGUCGAGUGUAUCAGGGAGGUCAAUGAGGUCAUCCAGAACCCUGCAACAAUAACAAGAAUACUUCUUAGUCACUUCAACUGGGACAAAGAGAAACUGAUGGAAAGGUAUUUUGAUGGGAACCUUGACAAAUUGUUCUCGGAAUGCCAUGUCAUCAACCCCAGCAAGAAGUCGAGGACACGACUGAUGAACACGAGGUCCUCUGCUCAGGAUAUGCCCUGUCAAAUCUGCUACCUGAACUACCCAAACUCGUACUUCACUGGCCUGGAGUGUGGACACAAGUUCUGCAUGCAGUGCUGGGGGGACUACCUGACCACCAAAAUCAUUGAGGAGGGGAUGGGACAGACAAUUUCCUGCCCUGCUCACAACUGUGAUAUAUUGGUGGACGAUAGCACAGUCAUGCGACUGAUCACAGAGUCAAAGGUGAAGUUGAAGUACCAACACUUGAUUACCAAUAGUUUUGUAGAGUGCAAUCGACUGUUAAAAUGGUGCCCUGCGCCAGACUGUCAUCACGUUGUAAAGGUCCAGUACCCAGAUGCCAAACCUGUGAGAUGCAAAUGCGGCAGACAGUUCUGCUUCAAUUGUGGUGAGAACUGGCACGAUCCUGUCAAGUGUAAGUGGUUACGGAAAUGGAUCAAGAAGUGUGAUGACGACAGCGAGACGUCUAACUGGAUCGCAGCAAACACGAGGGAGUGCCCCAAAUGCCAUGUGACCAUCGAGAAGGACGGAGGCUGCAACCACAUGGUGUGUCGGAACCAGAACUGCAAGGCUGAGUUCUGCUGGGUGUGCCUGGGGCCGUGGGAGCCUCAUGGCUCUGCCUGGUACAACUGUAAUCGCUACAACGAGGAUGACGCCAAGGCUGCCAGGGAUGCCCAGGAGGCCUUGUCCCUUCUCCUGCAGCGCUCCAGGGCUGCCCUGCAGAGGUACCUGUUCUACUGCAACCGCUACAUGAACCACAUGCAGUCGCUGCGAUUCGAGCACAAGCUCUACGCCCAGGUGAAGCAGAAGAUGGAGGAGAUGCAGCAGCACAACAUGUCCUGGAUCGAGGUGCAGUUCCUGAAGAAGGCCGUGGACGUCCUGUGUCAGUGUCGCUCCACCCUCAUGUUCACCUACGUCUUCGCCUUCUACCUCAAGAAGAACAACCAGUCCAUCAUCUUCGAGAACAAUCAGGCUGACUUGGAGAACGCCACUGAGGUGUUGUCUGGAUAUCUGGAGCGGGACAUCUCCCAGGAUUCUCUGCAGGACAUCAAACAGAAAGUACAGGACAAAUACAGAUACUGUGAGAGCCGGCGGAGGGUGCUGCUGCAGCAUGUGCACGAGGGCUAUGAGAAGGACCUGUGGGAGUACAUCGAAGAUUAAGGACAGACUCUUUACUGAAAUCCUCUACAGACUAGAGCGCUGAUGCAAUGCCACGGGGAAGCACUGGUUUUCAGCUAUCGCUGCUGAUCUUCCCAAUAUUGCGUUUUUUUUUUGUUUUGUUUUUUCUUGGGUUUUGUUUAAUGGAAAAAUAAAAUUUCCAUUAAUACGUUUAAAUAAAUUAUAUCGAAAUAAAAAAAAGGUAGAAUAUUUAAAACUUUAAUCGUACAACAGUAUUGUUUGUAGCAGAUUUGAUUGUGAGGAGAAAAAAAAAAAAGCCUCCCCUUCUUUCGAUUGGUCACUUGUUACAUCACUCCCUUUUCACCACUGUUCAGUUCCAGUGAGAUUCAUUUUGUUUUAUUGCGAGUGCCCUUGAGUGGGACAUGGGGUCGUGUUCAGCACAGUCCAACUGUUCAAGCCAUGUUUGUAGUGUUUAUAUCCCGUUUUAGUUUUUUUGAAUGUUGAUUUGCUGAUUGUAAGGUGCAAAACCAUAUGGGUUGUUGGGGGGCGACAGGACAAAUGCAUAGGGAGUGCAAAAAAAAUUAUGAAAAUUUUUUCAAUUUGUAAAUAAGGCAUAUGCAUGGAACAGCAAGUGUGGCACGCUGAUUUAUUUUUCCCUUUUUUUCUUUUUUUUUUUUUUUUAGAACAAUAUUUAUUCUUUUGCAAAUAUUCAAUACAGUUGCUGUGUAGAAGACAAGGUCCCUACCGCUUGUUUUAAGAUCUAUUAUUUGUGAGUGUUUUGGAAGUUUUGUAGCUUUACCCAGGUGAACAAGAAACGAAAAGGUUGCUAAGUACUGCGUGACCGAACUCUGGGUUAAAGUAGCUUUAAAGCAAUUCUGGCAAAACAAAAUCUAUUAAAGGGAUGGCAUUUGUGUUGGUGAGAGUGGGACUGACGAAGGAACCAUAUUUUUAUCAGUGACUCAGACAGGUGUGGUGGAGUUAAUGUUUUAUUCAAGCAACAAUGCAACCCUCAGAGGUUAUCGGCUAAUUGCACCUAAGGGGUCUUGAGAGUUUAUUAGAGAAUUACUUGGAAAGGGGGCAGGGUGCAGCUGAAAUUGUACCCUAUUCUCUAUAUAAUGCUCAACUUUUACCCAAUAUGUUUUGCACUAUAUAUGGAAUAGGAUGUCCAAUUGGGAUGCAUUCCUGUUGUCUGUUCUAAUCGCCCUUCCCUCUUGAUGUUUUGUUGUCCAAUUACCAGCCCUCCUGUUUUAUCCGUGGAAGUACUAAUUUCAAGAUAACACACUACCACCUGUUUCAUGAGAGCCAAAUUGAGUGACAUUCACUCAUUGAAAAAUAAAGUAAUUGUCUUUCUUUUUUCAGACUUGAGCUUUUACUUGUAUGUUUUUUUUUGUAUGCACCUUGGUAACGUGGGAGGCGGGAGUUAAAACCCAGAAAGCACUGUAUGAACUUUCAAGUCAGUUGGCAUGCCAUUACCUAGUCCUAGGCCCCUAAAGACAAAUAGAAGCUGUGGCAGCUGGCUGAUAAGACUCACCUGUUCCCGCCUCUGUUCAUGUGUUCUGUAAAGGAGUAUUGCUUUCAGUAGCACCAUGCAAUUGGGUGAAUGCGCUUCAAGAGCAGAGUCCCCUGUUUGAUGGCCGCAUUUUUAAUCACAGAACUGGCAUGAGAGGAGAUGCUUUUUUUUUUAAUGUCUUGUUGUGAAGCUUUGGCAUCUGGGCUACUCUACGGCCAUGGGGGUGGUGUUUACGCUGGGUGUGUCUGAAAUGAUGCUCCGGGCCCUGAGUCCACUACCUUAGACCGCAAAACAACGAGGAGGUCAAUACAAACAGGGAACUGGGUGCCGUUUCAGAUACAUCCAACAUGGUGACAUGUUGAUGCCAAUAACCUUCGUAACACUUUCAGUUUUUUUUAUUUUUAUUUAAUUUUUUAUUAGCUUACAAGGUCCAAAGCUGUCUCUGUCAGUACUUGUUGCCCCCAAUGCACCGUAGCCCUCCAAGACAAGAGCCUGGCAUUUGAUGUUGAUGUGGCCAGCAAGACCGAAAACAACGAGACGUUUUCACCAGAGCGUGAAUCGUCCUGGAAAAUCAACAUUUGUAUCUCUGAUACCCUCUGGGAAAUGCAGUUCAGAUACAGUUGCUUUCAUGUAUUAUAACCAUUCUUACAAACAAAAAAAAAUGUCCUAUUUAAAUAAAUGUCAUUAAAAAGGAA